AUGCUCAGUGAAGCCAGGCCGAAGGCCACUUGGGGACAGAAGCUCACACCUGUUCAUUCCAGAGCUGUUCCACUCCACAAUAUGCCUACACAGCUGGAGAAUGCUAUGGACACCUUGAUCAAGAUUUUUCACCAUUAUUCAGGCAAAGAAGGGGACAAAUACAAACUGAAUAAAGGAGAACUCAAACAGCUCCUUACCAGCGAACUCACUGAUUUCCUUUCAUGCCAAAAGGAUCCCCAGCUGGUUGAUAAGAUCAUGACAGAUCUGGAUACCAAUAAAGACAAUGAAGUGGAUUUUAAUGAAUUUGUCAUUCUGGUUGCUGCUUUGUCUGUAGCAUGCAAUGACUUCUUUGAGGAACAGCUAAAGCAAAAGGAAAUUGGAAAUGAUAAGUAAAUGAACCACUGAGACACAAAUGUAACUGAAUCAUGCUUAGUUAGCACUCAUCGGCAUUUUGUGACUGCAAACUAUGUCGUGUUAAUGUUAUUAAAUUGUAAGGACCAGGUCAUCAGUUGGUGUAAAGCAGCAGGUCUCUGCUGACUUCAAUGGGCCCAUACUGAUUUUCACCACCUGAGAAUCUGUCCCUAAGUAUCUUCCAAGAUUUAUUUUCUGCUUUUACAUCAUGCAUUUCUCACUUCCCUGAGGCAAGAGCUCCAGAAGAUAGUUCACUUGACUCGAGUUUCUGAGUUUUCACCCUCCUACCUGUAUUCACCCCUUUUUCAUCUACCCUGCCCCACAUCUAGUGUGCUGCCCCAUCCACUGGCAUAUAU